AUGUUUGGAGCUCUGUCAUUCUUGUUCGCUUUGGUUUCUUUAAUACUUUCUUUCUCAAAUGGCUAUGAAAUUGAUGAAGAUAUUUUCAAUGUCAUUGAUUAUGGAGCCACAAGUGAUGGUUAUACAGAUAAUUCAAAGGCAUUUCUAGAAGCAUGGGAUGCUGCAUGCAGCUCCUUAAUUGAUUCCCCACGAGUGUACGUUCCACCAGACGGGACAUUUUUAUUAAACCCCGUCACUUUUCAGGGCCCAUGCAAUGCACUCAGAAUCAGUUUCGUGAUUCACCUAGCUUGUGGGAUGGGAUGGAUGCAAGUCAAUGGUUAUGAUUUACAGAUAUCAAUGGACUCAGUCUGGAUGGGUUCGGGAACAUCGACGGGCAGGGCCAAUCCUGGUGGGACCAGUCAUGCGUUGAAGUUUCUGGGAUGCAAAGAUAGCAGUGUUAGCAAUUUAAACUUCAUAAAUAGUGCUCAGACGCACAUACUCGUGAGGGGCUGCAAAACCUUCGCCAUUCACAAUGUGCUAAUACAGUCGCCGGGGAAUAGCCCAAACACUGAUGGCAUACAUAUCCAAUCAUCUCAACAAGUCAUCAUCUCCAAUUCAACAAUGAGCUGCGGAGAUGAUUAUAUUUCCAUUGGUGACCACAUUUCUGAUAUUGAAAUCAGCAGAGUUGAAUGCGGACCUGGCCACGGUAUAAGCAUUGGAAGCCUAGGAAAACGUGGAAAUUACGUACAAGUGGAGAAGAUUCACGUGGCUGAUGCCUUCCUCAAUGGAACCUCGAAUGGAGCUCGAAUCAAAACAUGGCAGGUCGGAAGAGGAUAUGUUCGAGACAUAAUUUUCAAAAACCUUAGAUUCAACCACGUCAAGAAUCCCCUAAUCAUCGAUCAGAACUACUGCAAAAUCAGGGGCGCAUGCAAGGAGCGAGAAACUGGAGUUCAAAUAAGCAAUGUGAUAUACAAAGACAUAGUUGGGACAUCCUCAACUGAUAUUGCUAUUAACCUCAACUGCAGUAAGUCUGUAGCAUGCUUUGUAAUAUCAAUGGAGUCCGUAUAUUUAUCGUCAGCAAAAUUCGGGAAGAAGGUCACUGCAUAUUGUAGUAAUGCUUAUGGUGAAGAGACUGAUGUGGUUCCUGGUCCUUGUCUUAUUACUGAAUAA